UAAAAUCAUGCCAAACUGGACCUAAAGGGAACACCGCUAUUUCUGUAUCUUCCAAAACCCUAAUUCAAUCUUCCUUUUACUGGAGAGUCAUCCAAAUUCUGGCGGUUCGACCAACCUGACCGCCAUUAAUCGACAAAUCUGAAUUAGCUGCAGCAGGAUGGACUUCGAUGAGUAUGAUUACUUAGAAAAGGCGGUGGAAGAAACUAACGUCCCGUCUAAAACCGCCGAAAAGGAAACUUCUGACAAGGAAAAAGACAGAGACAGGAGCGAAAAGGGUUACAGACGAAGAGACAGGAUUGAAGAUAAUGACUUGGAUGAAGAAGAGAGGAAUCGAAAGAGCAGUGGCAAAAAAUCGCGAGCAGACAGGGAUAAUGAAGAGAAUGGGCGAGACAGAGACCGCGAUAGGGAGCGUGAGCGUGAUAGGGAAAAAGAGAGAGACCGGGAUAGAGAGAGGAGCUUGAGGCGUAGGAGUUCCGACAGGGAUUUGGAGCGGGAAAGGGAUAGAGAGAGGCGGAGCUCGAGGGAACUCGAACGGGAUAGGGAGAAGAGAGACAAGGAUAAGGAGAGGGAAGGGGACAGGGAAAGGGAUAAGGAGAGGAGGGAGAGGGAGAGGGAGAGGGAGAAAGGGAAGGAGCGAGAGAGGGAGGUGCAAAAGGAAAGGGAAAGGGAAAAGGAAAAGGAGAGGCCGAGGAGUAGGAGUCGACCUACGCUGGAGCAUGAAAGGGAUAGGGAUUUGAUGAGAGGAAGGGAGCAUGAACUGCGCGACAGCAGGAGAUUCAAGGAUAAGAAAGAAGCAACAGAGCCUGAAGCAGAUCCAGAAAGGGACCAAAGAACUGUUUUUGCCUACCAGAUGCCUCUGAAGGCCACAGAAAGAGAUGUUUAUGAGUUCUUUUCACAAGCAGGAAAGGUAAGGGAUGUACGGCUUAUUAUGGAUCGGAAUUCAAGGCGAUCAAAAGGAGUUGGAUACAUUGAAUUUUAUGAUGCUAUGUCUGUGCCGAUGGCUAUAGCUCUGUCUGGUCACCUUCUCUUUGGACAACCAGUAAUGGUCAAACCUUCCGAGGCUGAAAAGAAUCUUGUUCAGUCCAAUACUACUGUUGGUGGUUCAGGUGUCAUCGGACCUUAUGGUGCUGCAGAUAGGAAGCUGUAUGUGGGCAAUUUACACUUCAACAUGACAGAAUUUCAGCUUAAGCAGAUUUUCGAAGCUUUUGGGCCUGUUGAGCUUGUGCAACUGCCUACGGAUCCAGAGACAGGACACUGUAAAGGUUUUGGAUUUGUUCAAUUUGCGCAACUUGAGCAUGCAAAGGCAGCAGAGAGUUUGAAUGGUAAACUGGAGAUUGCCGGUCGGACCAUCAAGGUUUCAUCAGUUACAGAUCAUGUUGGAGUACAAGAUUCUGGAACAAAAACUGCAGAUUUUGAUGAUGAUGAUGGGGGUGGUUUGUCGUUGAAUGCUCAGUCAAGAGCAAUGCUCAUGCAGAAGCUGGAUCGCAGUGGUACUGCUUUGAGUGUCACGGGGCCCAUUGGAGUGCCUGCUCUCAAUGGAUUGGCUCCACAACAGUCUAUCAACUUGCCAAUGAACCCAUCAACAGUUCUCCAUCCUCCUGUUCUUCCCACACAACUGAUUUCUAUGGCUCCAGAACCUAUUGGGAACCCCAGUGAGUGUUUGCUAUUGAAGAAUAUGUUCGAUCCAACCGCGGAGGUGGAGCCGGAGUUCGAUUUGGAUAUUAGAGAUGAUGUGCAAGAAGAAUGUUCGAAGUACGGCGUAGUGAAGCAUGCUUACGUGGACAAGAAUAGCGCCGGAUAUGUAUACUUGAGGUUUGAAAGUGUCGAUGCAGCGUCACGUGCUCAACAAGCUAUGCAUAAAAGAUGGUUUGCUCGUAGAUUGAUCUCUGCAAUAUUCUUGCAACCAUAUGAAUACGAUGCCAAAUUCAAGGGUGCAGCUUGAAAAACUUUUUAUUGUGAAAUGGUGCUUUGUGGGGUAUCUCAUUAAUCUUUCUAUUUGCUUCAUGUCCUGAGUAACGCUGAAUUGAAUUUUUUGGUUGGUAUCGACCGCGUUAUGUAACUUAACCAAUUGUUAGCGCUUUUUUACUGUCAAGAUAAUCACUGCCUAAUCUAUGUUUCUCGUUCACAUUACCCCAAUGCUUUUGGCAUUAUUUUCUCGUCUGAAGCAACCGACCAUGAGCAUGGGAAGUUAGCCGUAGGGUUAUCUGGUGAUAUGAAGUACCUGUGUGCAAGAAUGUGCAAAGAAAAGGUUCUAUAGUUGCUUAGAAUACUUGCUAAAAGUCAAAAACUACUUUGGAUCUACCGUUUUUGUGGGACAUGCGAGUGUGAUCUAUUUACCCAUUGCGCUUUUUCCUUUGUUUA